UAUCUGAUGCUACUAGUAGAUGCGUAGUUGGUUUACGUUCUUGUGUCUCGAGAUGGAUGACGCAACGAUUCAGAGACCGAAUACAUUAUUGACGCCAGAACCAAUUCCAUUACCUAGUGGUUUGGCCGGACAUCUCCUUACAAGUGGGCAGAGGAAAACUUCGCGCUGCCCGUCAUGCAGUCAUGCAAGGAUCGGUACAAUUGAAACCUCGAACAACUCAUCAUUAGUCAGUCGGAUUUGGAAAAGUCCAUCGUGGAGCAGGCGUUUCUAUCGACAUUCAAUGGCUGGUGUCAGCACCCGAGCAGCAGCAGCGUUGUUACUACUUGCUGAGUUUGGACGGGUGAGUUUGCGCGAGGCUUGUGUCCUCGUACAGAGGGCAUCAGUGCCCGAGGUCGUACCGAGGAUCUUUGCUAUUUAUAAACCCUCUUCCCGGGCAAAAUUCGAAUUGCUUCUUCCAAUUUUGGGUCGUUUUCCAUUUCUUUAUGUUUUUUCCAGUUGGGUACGUGUAUUUGUCUUGCCGGAGGUGCCGAAUAAUGAUCGUAAGGGACAGACAGAUGUUCAGUAGGGAAGAUGCAUGGAAUGUCGAAGUAGCCAUACGGAGAUUACAUGAAGGUAAAGGGAAAGGAAAAUAUUCUCGCCAACUAGAUCACAAGAUGCUGGUAUGUGCCUAGUAUGUAUGAGUCGCACAUUUCAUGCCUUUCGAGUUCCGACCGCGGCAUCAGACGGAAGGAAGGAAAGUAUGUUAUGGAGGAGUUGAGACGAAGGGUAAAAAAUCC